GUUCGCAGGGACGUCACGUCCGCACUUGAACUUGCAGCUCAGGGGGGCUUUUGCCAUUUUUUCAUCUCUCUCUCUUUUCAAAAAAGCCAUGACGGCUAUCCCACAAUCCAUCUUCCCUGCGCCAUCUUUGUAUUAUUUCUAAUUUAUUUUGGAUGUCAAAGGCAUUGAUGAAGAUAUUUUCUCUGGAGUCUCCCUUCUAACCCGGCUCUCCCGAUGUGAACCGAGCUGAAAGCCACCACCAACCACCAUGUCUCGCCGCAAGCAAGGCAAACCCCAGCACUUAAGCAAACGGGAUUUUUCGCCCGAGCCCCUGUCGUCCGUGGUCUCGGAGGAGAGGCAGGAACAGCACGGGCUGGUCCAGGUCGCUCCAGAAGGGGAUCAGGACCUGCUUACCUGUGGCCAGUGUCAGAUGAACUUCCCUCUGGGGGAUAUCCUAAUUUUUAUUGAGCACAAAAGGAAGCAAUGCAGUGGCACCCUGUGCAUGGACAAAGCAGUGGAUAAGCCCCCCUCUCCUUCGCACGGAGAGCUGAGGAGAGCUUCCAACCCUGUGGAGGUGGGCGUCCAGGUCACACCAGAGGACGACGACUGCUUGUCGACGUCAUCUCGAGGAAUCUGUCCAAAACAGGAGAACAUUACAGGUAAAGACGAGCCCAGCAGCUACACCUGCACCACCUGCAAGCAGCCAUUCAGCAGCGCCUGGUUCCUGCUGCAGCAUGCGCAGAACACGCACGGCUUCCGCAUCUACCUUGAGAGCGAGCGCGGGAGCCCCCUCACGCCCCGGGUGGGUGCCCCGUCCGGGCUGAGCGCCGACCACGUCUCCCAGCCCCCCCUACAUGGCAUUCACCUGCCUGAGGGCAGCCCCUUCAACCUGCUCCGGAUACCCAGCGCCGGGCGCGAUGGACCCCCGCUCCGGGAUGGGCGCUUCCCGCCGACGCCGCCGCUCUUCAGCCCGCCGCCGCGACACCACCUGGACCCGCACCGCAUGGAGCACCUGAGCCCGGAGGAGUUGGCCCUGGCCACCCACCACCCGAGUGCCUUCGACAGGGUGCUGCGGCUCAACCCCAUGCCCCUGGAUCCCCCAGCCAUGGACUUCUCACGCAGGCUGAGGGAGCUGGCCGGCAACACCUCAGGGUCAACUCCUCCCCUCUCGCCCAACCGGCCCAGCCCUAUGCAACGGCUGCUGCAACCGUUCCAGUCGGGAGCCAAGCCGCCCUUUCUUUCUACCCCUCCCCUGCCUACCAUGCAGUCUCCCUCUGGCUCGCAGUCCACGCCUACCCCCCUGCCCCAGCAGCCGGGCACCCCCAUGAAGUCCAAGGCCUGCGAGUUCUGCGGCAAGACCUUCAAGUUCCAGAGCAACCUGAUCGUGCACCGGCGCAGCCACACGGGCGAGAAACCCUACAAAUGCCACCUGUGUGACCACGCGUGCACCCAGGCCAGCAAGCUGAAGCGCCACAUGAAGACGCACAUGCACAAGUCCUCGCCCAUGACGGUCAAGUCGGACGACGGCCUCUCCACGGCGAGCUCGCCCGAGCCGGGCACCAGCGACCUGGUGGGCAGCGCCAGCAACGCCCUCAAGUCCGUGGUGGCGAAGUUCAAGAGCGAGAACGACCGGCUGAUCCCGGAGAACGGCGAGGAGGACGAGGAGGAGGAAGAGGAGGAGGAGGAGGAAGAGGAGGAGGAGGAGGAGGAGGAAGAAGGGGAGGAGGAGGAGGAGCUGGAGCGCGAGGGCGGCCGGAACAGCUUCCACUUCGGCUUGAACCUGGAGGCGGCGCGGCACCACGAGAACAGCGGCGGGCGCCUCGGGGCGGCCGAGGAUGGCAUCCCGCGCUCCCUGCCCGAGGUGAUGGCGGGCAUGGGCCUGGCAGCCAGCAUGCAGCACUACAGCGAGGCUUUCCACCAGCACAAGCGCGGCGCGCUCAACUCGGACAGCGACGCCCACCGGGACAUGUGCGACGGGGAUAGCGCGCUGGAGUCGGACCGCGCUCAGGAGGGCUGCGGUUCGGCCAUCAACGGGCGCGGCUCGUCGCCCAGCGAAUCCGCCUCGGUGGGCCUGUCGAAGAAGCUGCUACUGGGCAGCCCCAACUCCCUCAGCCCGCUGUCCAAGCGCAUCAAGAUGGAGAAAGACUUCGACCUCCCCACCCCCACCAUCCACAACACCGAGAACGUCUACUCGCAGUGGCUGGCCGGCUACGCGGCCUCCCGGCAGCUCAAAGACCCCUUCCUGAACUUCGGGGAUUCCAGACAAUCGCCUUUCGCCUCGUCUUCGGAGCACUCCUCGGAAAACGGCAGCCUGCGCUUCUCCACGCCGCCCGGCGAACUGGACGGCGGCGUGUCGGGCCGCAGCGGGACGGGCAGCGGGGGGAGCACGCCCCACCUGGGCGGCCCCGGGCGGCCCAGCUCCAAGGACGGGCGCCGCAGCGACACCUGCGAGUUCUGCGGCAAGGUGUUCAAGAACUGCAGCAACCUGACGGUGCACCGGCGCAGCCACACGGGCGAGCGGCCCUACAAGUGCGAACUGUGCAACUACGCCUGCGCCCAGAGCAGCAAGCUCACGCGGCACAUGAAAACGCACGGGCAGGUGGGCAAGGACGUUUACAAAUGUGAAAUCUGUCAGAUGCCUUUUAGUGUGUACAGCACCCUGGAGAAACACAUGAAAAAAUGGCACAGCGAUCGCGCCUUGAACAACGAAAUAAAAACCGAGUAGUGACGGAGAGUCAAGGCACCCCUGCCAGGUAACAGCGGCCCUCCCCCCCAACUCCCUUCCCUUGUAGAUUUCCCCUGUUUGGCUAGUCCAGUGGAGGCCAAGCAGCGUGCUUGGCGGCAGCAGCACACCCUUCUUCAUUUACCGUGGAAUGCAUGUUGUGUAUCGGGGCAAUACUAUUGCAUUGGCGCAAACUUCGAGCCUUUCUCUUGUGCAAUAAUUUACAUGUUGUGUGUUUUUCUUUCCUUUAUUUUUUCGUUCCCUUUUUUGAUAAUUAGACAGCAUGCAUGGUAUGUUUUGGCUAUUUUUAACGAAUUGUCCCUGGUUGGUUAGUUGUUGAGUAAAUGUGUUGCUGUUUUCUUAUUAUGUUUUUUAAUUCAAAAAAAAAAAAAUAUGAGAAGAAAAAAGAGAAAAGCAACCAUGCUGCAUACAUUCUGUGAAACAUAUCAUGUACAGUUUUGUGUUGUGACAUGGAGGACAACAGUCUACUGCUUAACCCUCUUUGGAGGGGCUGGGAAUCGCACUUAAACUAAUCUUUCAAAAAGAUGCUCUGUCCACAUAGGGUUAAAAAAAACAUUGAUUGGCCCCUAUUAUGGAAUAUAAAGUAUUGACAGCCUUUGAAUUUCUUAAAAAAAAAACAAGAAGUCAUCAAGAUUUGAAUUUGUACUAUCAUUUGGUAAAACAAACAAAAAAGAGUGCCUUGGAUCUUGAAACUGCAUCGCUUAAUUUUCCUAUCUGCUAUAAGCUUGGAAUGUCACGCCAGAUACUGGAAAUGGAUUCAUCUGAUUCAUGUAAGGUUCUUGCAUCAAGUACCCGACUUUGACAGGAAUAGAUGAUCAUCAAAAAGCUAAAAGCUAAUUUCUAAUCAAUCAUCAUUAGCUACCUACGACAUGCACCCUUCUGUUGUGGUAUUUGUCUUGUGCGCGGUACAUCCAGUAUUGUGUCAGAUUCAACCAUGUUUACUCACCAGUUAAGGGUACUGUACUCAGCGGUACAGGUUUUUCAUUCACUGUCAUAAGCUCUCACGUUGUGUGUGAAGGUUCUGUUCUCACUAGCUCAGCAGUCCUGUUGCCUAGUGCGCGCGUGUGUGUAUCGGGUUGUGUGAACAUCCACUUCAUGGGUACAUUUGAGGGCCUGUGACACAACGUACUGCAGUGUUUCUGAAAAUCCUUAUUCAAAGAAUGCAUUUGGACAUGUCCAUUUCUCACUGAUGAUUAACUAUGAAUUGCAUACAGGUUUGAAUCAAAAACUUCUCCAGCAAUGACUGCAGUUCUUACACCUGUGUUCCCUAAGUAAUGAAGU